ACAGCGCAGCGCGAGGCCAGUCCGAGAACGCGACCCUAACACUAACAUCCGGUGUAUUCCGAGAGUCGGAAACGGAAACGGCUGCUUGAUCGAUUAAUCGACACACGCCACCAUGAAGAUCGCUCUGCUGCUGCUGCUCGUCGCGGCCUUCGCCUCAGCUCAAAGAAUCACGACGAUUCAGCUAGACGGCGUGCAAUACUUCGUGUCAAGGAUGAAUCCCUACAGUCCGGAGCUGAACUACUUCCUGGCCUAUCAGUACUGUCGUUCGCUUGGCUUGCAGUUGGCCUCUUUCGAGACCAAGGAAAAAGCCGACACGAUGACGCAGUACUUGAAAAACGCCGGCUACGUUAAAUACGACUUCUGGACAUCCGGUAACAAGUUGGGCACGGACAUGUUCCUGUGGAUGAGCACCGGUCUUCCGUUCAAUGCCACCUUCGACUACAUGCUGAGGCGACCUGGCAACAGACCUGCCGACGUUCCACCCGGUACCGAACCUCAACGAGUGGCACGCGAAAGCGGCGACAGCGGCAGCGCGGACGGAUGCGUGGCGAUGGCGGCACCGACGUUAGCCUGGGAGGCUCAGGAUUGCACCUUGGUUAAGGACUUCAUCUGCGAGCAAACGAGAUGCUACUACUACAACUACGGCAGCAUUCCAGUCUCUGCGACUCAGGGAAAUCGCAGACCGUACAUAACAACCACAUCGGCGCCAGCCAGCGACGACCAAAUCGACGAGCACGAGGAAAGCAACACCGGCAAGAACGACGAGCAGAAUCAGGGCAGCAUCGACGAGAAAUUAACACCGGAGGAAGAGGAGAGCUCUGUCGAUGGAAAAUCACCUGAAGACCCGGUCGUCAGCAGGCUGAUUACCACGGCCGUUCCCGCAUCUGACAAGCAACCGUCCACGUCCUCGCCAGUCGUCAUCGAGGAUCACGAACAACCUGCCAACGUCGAACUCGACAACGCAAGGCCCGAUCAUCUUCCUGACAUCACGAGCCUCUUCACCGACCCACCAGGCCCACAGGCGCGAAAAGACAACGUGUUCGAGGGCCUUCAGACUCGCGAGGUUCAUCGUUCCUCUCUACGCUCCGCCUCCGACAUGAAGGUCGAGCAUCGAGAGUCACCGGACUAUUUCGAGGUCCACGGCGAAACCGAGUCGCCGAACAACGGUCUGGAAGACGCUCACACGAUCGGACCGUACGACAGCGUGCAAGAUUACUACGUGAACGACCAGCCGGAGGCGGGCGAGUCGUCGAUGAUGAAGGACCAGGACGACGACAGCAGCACGAUCCUGCCAGAAGCGGAACCGGCCUACAGGUACAACAUCAAAGUGCGCACCAACGGCAAAGUAUUAGACCCUCCGUCCAAGUAACGCUUUACAAUUUAGGCAUCGCGUUUGUUCGUUUUGAUAAGUGAAAGAGAGAGCAUGGGAGAUACUCGAGGAACUAGAUGUAUUUUUUAAUACGUUAUUGUACGUUAUUGUUUAAUGUGUAAAACGCCGCGGAGACAUCGGACUGCGUCGCGAGCGAUCCCAUCGCGGCCACGCGAUCGGGCCGCUCGUCGCCAUUUCAUCGCUCAUCCAUUCGUUUCGAUAUCAAAUGAAAGAAAUUCCCAAGUCAGUGCUCGUCGGACUCUUUCCACGCCGUUCACGAUCGUCGGGGCUCUUUAGAUCGACAGAAGGAAGACAUUUUUUCUUUUCCUUUUUUUUUAGAUCGAGUCUCUCGUUUCACACGGAGACGUCGAUGUGUCUUUAUAUUUCGGACGAGGUUUCGAAAACGUUCGGUCUGCAACGUUCAAAGUUCCAAUUUAACUUUAUUAGAAAUUAUCAAAACGAUUUGCUCAAAACACACUUGGAAGUGAGUCUUUUCCUUCUGGCGUCGAUCCUCGACGAUAGCCGACGUCGUUCUCGCAAGGGCAUUCACUCCACCGAUCGCAUCGACAGUGGCACCGGCGGACAUGUCGCAUCCGCGCGACCUGAUCGGGUCUCGAUUCUUCUCUAUCUCUUCAGCAGUCUCUUUUUUCUUUUUUUUUUUUUUGUAUCAGAGCACGUAUCCAGUUAAGCGCUAUUUGUCUCUCUUAGAUAGUAGAUGAUAAUAAACGCGAACGUGAGGACUCAUCUGCGUGGGAUCUCAGGCAUUAAGCUAGUACAGGAGGAAACGCACGGUGAAGCUGCAUUAUCGUUGUUCUUAUGGCUAACCGAAUCAUCAUUGGUGUAGGGUUGGGAGUCUGCCAGUGCCACGAAUCUUCAUGCAUACCGAUGUAUCUUUAGCUAACGUUAUUCGUACGUCUGCAAGAUGAAACGUUUCGUAGAGACCGGCCGAUUUCGCCCAGAUUUUCACCUCGAUGUCGUUUCACAUCGUCAACCUUAAUUUUUACAUUUCACGGGGAAGUUAAAGCAGAGAGUUCGAGCAAUCUCCAGGAAUGCUAAAAAUGUUACUCGAGGUCUACCAUACGCGCGAAUCGCAACGUUUCCGUCAUCCAGACGUAUGACAAUCGGCAUACGCGUAGAUCCAACAUUCACGAAAUAAUUUCUCCAACUGCCACGAUGAUAAAUCAUCGACGCAUGGAUCAUGAAUAUCACUGCAUAAACACGGCGCGAAUGUGCAAAACUUUGUGUAAUUGAAUAUUUUAAUAAAGGUACGAAACACAUUCAUUCAGGUA